CACCCUCGCUUGUGGCACUCUUGCCUCUUUUUUGACCAUUUGUCGUUGCGAAUCUCCUCAUAGCUGGACCAGAAUCGACAAACGACAUCAUGAACUUUACACGCAAAAUCGACCGCGCCAUGCAGUGGGCUGGCGAGAAGAUGGGCGCCGAGGCCAAGGCGACUCACACCGAUGAGUUCAGAGUCCUCGAGGCAGAGAUGGAUAUCCGACACGAAGGCAUGGAACGCCUUCAGAAAUCAAUGAGCAUCUACACCAGAUGGCUCAACCGCCACUGCGACGCUCUCGAAGACCGAAGCCGCAGCCUGCCUCUCGCUCACCUUGGCCGCACCAUGUCCGCCCACGCGGCAGAGCUGCCCGAUACCGAGUACAGUCGCCGCCUUGCUGCCAUGGGCAAUGCCAACGAGCAGCUCGCCGAGCUCCAGACCACCUACCUAGACUGUGCCAAUGCCACCUGGCAGCAGCACAUUGAGCAGAACCUUGGCAUGAUGAAGGAAUACCAGGCCGCUCGCAAGAAGCUCGAAAACCGCCGACUCGCCUACGAUGCCACCAUGGGCAAGAUUCAAAAGGCGAAAAAGGACGACAUCCGCCUCGAGGAAGAGAUGCGCGUCAACAAGACCAAGUUCGAUGAUAGCACCGAAGAUGUCUUCCAGCGCAUGCAGGACAUCCGAGAGGCGGAGCAGGACACAACCGCUGCCCUGACCUCGUUCCUCGAUGCCGAGCUGGAAUUCCACGAACGAGCCGCCAACGAGCUGCGCCGCAUCCGCAAGUCGUGGGCGGCAGGCGCAGAGUCCUGCUAUGCGUCUUCACAGGGGCCGGACCUGGAGCGCAUCUACUCCAACAUGUCCAUCCGGUCGCAGCCCGCCGGACAGGCCGUUCGAAACACCGUCAUCAAUAAGGAAUACGAGGGCGCACCCUCACCGCCCGUCGCCAGACUCGCCCGCACAAUGUCAACCCGAGAGCCUCCUCCACCUCCGCCUCCGCCGGCGUCAACCAGGCCGCCAAUCAUGAGGUCAGCAACCUUUGAUACCAGGAACCCGCCCGUGAUCCGCGCGAGAGCGGCGUCCAACUCGUUUUCCAGAAUGCCGCCGCCCAGCGUUGCCGAAAGCCGAAGCGAAGACAUCUUUGACGACAACUCCAUCUACAGCGGGGAUAACACCCCUAGCUGGGGCGAGCGUAGUGUCAGCCCGGCCACCAGCUACGGCAGCUUCCACGUGAACC